AUGACAUUCUCGUGCUCAAGAUCAUCGUGGAGAAAAGAUUACCUAGAGCACAUCAAGAUUGUCACGGAUCGAGCAUCACCCGGCCUAAGACUGGUGCACAACAAGGUUUGUGCAAGAUCUAGAUUUGAGACAUCCUUGUAAUCCUCUCCAUUGGUAGAUUAACUUUUAAUUCGAACUAGUUUUAUCAUUUAUUUUAUCAUUCCAUUGUGUUAGAUUCAUUCUCUCCCCUUUGUCACGCUUUUCAUAACUCUUGUCUUCACUUGUUUACAUUUAAUUCUACCUUUCACAAUAUCACAGCUAUAUAUAUAUAUAUAUUUAUAUAAGAAAUAAAAUAAGUAGAAUUCGUAUUCUUAUUACCCAUGCUUCCUGAAGAUCGACCCUUACUUAUCAGAAAUAGAAAAUUGAGGUUUUAUAUAUAUUAUUUGCAUGAACUUAGUUGCAUCACGAUGACGUAUUUAACCUCUAAUUCGAGUUCAUCAAUACUUACGCUUAAGACCUUAGAUUCGUGAUUGAAUCACUCUGCCCACGCCAAGAUUUUGCGACUAGAGAAUCUCUUAGUUCUCUUUCACCGUCUUCUUUGCAUCACGCACAAUCAUUAUCUCUUCAUGAAUUGCGCUGAAUGUUGUUAACAAUGUCAGUUGGUCUUUCUUCUUGAGUACAUUCUCUUUGACUAUCACUUGCCAAAGAUCGUGAGAAUCAAGAUAUACCUCCAUAUUCAUCACCCAGAUGUAGUAAUUUAUCUUCAAGAGCUUAAGGGAUGGUGCCAAUGUCAUCAUCUCCCCCCCACACUCACCGGAGGUACUCGUCUCACCUCCUUUCUUUGUCAUCUUCUUGAUCCUAUCGAACCGAGUGGCUCUAAUACCACUUGUUGGCUUCGAAAGCCUAAAUACACUUUAGAAAUAGAGGUAAAAGACAAGAAGGUAACAUGAACAAAGAACUAUAUAGAAAUGAUUAUUCUUCGCUAUUCCUUUUGUCGAACUCAUAUCCCUUUAUAUAGGGAAGCCAAUCAUUGAAAGAGAGAGAGUGCAUCUAAUUAACUUUCAAUGACCUAGCUAGUCAUCCGAUGUGGCAGCACCACCACCGUUAUAACUCGCAGUGAUGAGUGACUGCAAUUGAUCUUGCAAAACAAACAUAAUGAAAAAAAACAAAAACAAAAAAUACUCAAGUUAUCUAUUUCAGAAAAUAUCACCAGUUGUUGGCAAUUGACGAUGGAGUAGGAGCAGCUCCUUAGUAACCCUUCUUUUGUUGGUACAAUUAGAUGAAUUUCUAUACAAAAUGACAAAAAAUUCUCAAGGGUUUGAACACGAUAAUUGUUGGUGUGAUUAUUUCGGUUAGAAAGCAAGAACAAACUAGGACGUAAAAAAAGGAGGAUACAGUAGUGGUGUGGUAGCCUCGAGGAAGGAGUUGCUGAUGGAUCUAUCGAGGAGGAUAUGUGA